AUGGCAUUGCCGAGAGCUAAAGGAAGGAAUUUUCCAAGGCACCACAUCAACAAGGAUGUGAAUCCAGACAUUCCGAGUAAUUCAGCUGAUCAUCAAGAAAAUCAUGACGAGGGCUUGUCGGAAUCAACUUCAACAGUGCACUCGCACAUCUAUUCAAGCCACAUAAGAACCAUCAACUUGGAUGUAAAUGAAGACAUUGUUCUUAGUACUUCAGCUGAUCAUCAAAAUGAUGAGAACAUUGGACCAGAGAGACAUCUCAAGGACAAUGUUCCAAGGAGUCCCUUGACAGCUAAUGUGAACAAUUCCAAUUGGUUGUCCAAGUUUUGUUUGCCAACAAGAUGGGAACCAGCAGUGGAGGAGGCAUUAAAAAGGCAGGAACUAAAUCAAAAUGAAAAAAAUGCAUUAAACAGGCAAUUAACUUCUUCAAUUUUGGCACAUACUGAAUCGCCAACUGUUCACGAAAGAAAACACAUUGCUCUUAUGUUAAUUCAAAAGUAUCCAUUCUUAAAGGGAUCAUUUGGUUCUGGUCAUCAACUAUGGGCAAACAAAAUAGCAGACCGAGUCCUUAAUCUGCGAAGAAGAGCAUCCCGAGCUCAAAAGCGAAAGCGGCUUGAAGAAGGGGUCCUAAUUCCAAAGGGAAAACCUGGUAGGAAAAGUAAGAAAUCAGCUUGCAAUUCUCUCCCAUCUCUUCCAGAAGGUGAAACAGAAGCAGCUAUUGUAAUUCAACAAAAGCAGUUGGUUGAAAUCUGA